AUGCUGUCGAACAACAACGUAUGGAAAAGAGCUGCGGCUCAGAGCAAGAGAUUUCUGCACUCGUCGGUGGGUCGCAGACACGAGCUCACGCGGGUGGAGAACGGAGUGGAGGUGAUGACGGUGAGAGACGCACUGAACCUGGCGCUGCAGGAGGAGCUUGACCGGGACCCGGACGUGUUUCUCAUGGGAGAGGAGGUUGCGCAGUACAACGGUGCGUACAAGAUCUCGCGUGGGUUGCUCGACAAGUUUGGGCCCAAGAGAAUCAUCGACACGCCGAUCACGGAGAUGGGGUUCACGGGUGUGUGUGUGGGUGCUGCGUUUUCGGGGUUGAAGCCUGUGUGUGAGUUCAUGACGUUCAACUUCGCCAUGCAGUCGAUCGACCAGAUCAUCAACUCGGCCGCCAAGACCUACUACAUGUCUGGCGGGCAGAUGCCCGUCAACAUCACGUUCCGGGGCCCGAACGGUGCUGCCGCCGGUGUGGCUGCGCAGCACUCGCAGGACUUUGCGCCCUGGUACUCUGCCAUCCCCGGUCUGAAGGUCAUCUCGCCCUUCUCCGCCGCAGACUCCAAGGGCUUGCUCAAGGCCGCCAUCCGGGACCCGAACCCGGUUGUCUUCUUGGAGAACGAGCUCUUGUACGGUGAGUCCUUCCCCGUGAACGACGAGAUCUUGUCGCCCGACUACGUGCUGCCUAUCGGCAAGGCCAAGAUCGAGCGUGAAGGUAAGGACGUGUCCGUCAUCUCGCACUCGAGAAACUUGAUUUUCUGUCUCGAGGCCGCCAAGGUGGUGAAGGAGAAGCACGGUGUCGACGUCGAGGUCAUCAACCUCAGAUCCAUCAAGCCCUUGGACUUGGACACCAUCUUCGCCUCCAUCAAGAAGACCAACCACGCCAUCACCGUGGAAGCCGGGUUCCCUCAAUGUGGUGUCGGUUCCGAGAUCUGUGCCCAGGUCAUGGAGUCCGAAGCCUUCGACUACUUGGACGCUCCAAUGGAAAGAGUCACCGGUUGCGAGGUCCCAACCCCAUACGCCAAGACCUUGGAGGACUUUGCUUUCCCAGACACCCCAACCGUCGUCAGAGGUAUCGAAAAGGUUCUCUCCUUGGGCGAGUGGGCUUGA